GGGCUUUCACCAGCAGUGUCCUCAAAGACGGUCAUGUGGCUAGCUUCAUGCGCCAAGCUUGCAACAACUAUUGCAGCACUACAGUGCGUCGAACGUGGGCUCUUCUCACUUGAUUCAAAUGCUGACAUUGAGCGUCUCCUGCCUGAAUGGGCGAGUCUUGAGGUCCCUUCAUUCGAUGAGGGAGGCAGUCCCAUCUUGACACCGGCAAAGGAGAGUAUCACCCUCAGACGUCUACUCUCGCACACAAGCGGGCUCACCUACGGGUUCAUGCCUCCACUUCUCCAAUGGCGCCAGUCGCGGGGAGAAGAGUGGCAAUGGAUGCGCAGUCCGAUCCCAAAGUGCUUUGUCCACCCGCUUAUCUUCGAGCCCGAUUCAGCGUUUGUCUACGGUCCCGGUCUCGACGUCGCCGGGCUGAUGGUCGCCCGCAUAAACGAGUGUACUCUCGAGACAUACAUGCGGCGAAACAUCUUCGAUGUGCUCGGUAUGCACGACACUUCUUUUCACGUGUCACACAACAACAUCCGGGAACGAUUGAUGCCUAUGUCUGUUCGCUCCUCGCCCGAUGAGGCUCUUGCGGAUGGCGAUCCAUCCAACUCAGUUCUCAAGCAGCCGGUAGAUGCGAAGGACGACUAUGGUGGUGCGGGGCUGUUUGGCACGGCUGAGGACUAUUUGAGAUUGCUGAAGUAUAUUCUUCGCGAUGACGGUAAGCUCCUUACGAGUCAGAGUGUAGAGCUCAUGUUCACGUCGUUUCUGUCAAUUGCGUCCAAGGCGUCUUUGCAUGACAGUUUGUCCGUCCCGGGUCUGGCGAAGAUCAUGAUACCAGGUGAGCCUGUCGUUGGUACGCCAGGUGCUGGAGAUUGGGACCAUGGGCUCGGUGGCCUGAUAGGCCUCCACAAAAGUGACGAUGGAUUGGAGUCGCCGUGGUUACAGUGCUUCAUGACAGUAUGCCAAUCAAGAAGCCCUUCCCAUCCAUAUUGUAUAUGUGGCGACUGUUGA